CUGAUGUUGAAGAACAACCUUUUGGUUGGGUGGGAAUCGUUUUGAGUUUGACCAACUCCCUCUUUGAAGCAGUUUUUUUCAAAAAAAUCCGGCAAUGAUCGAUGAAACGGAGGAGGAUGAACAGACGCAACGAUCAUCUCGAAACGACGGCGUUUCAAAGGAGAAGAAGAAGAGUAGAGGUUUGAAGGGCGAUAAAGCAAAGAGAGCUCUAGUCGGAGCUGGUGGUCGGAUCCUGUUUUACCCGACUCUUUUGUACAACCUCGUCCGCUUCAAACUCCAGUCUCAGUUCCGAUGGUGGGAUCAAAUCGAUGAGUAUCUUCUGAUGGGAGCGGUUCCAUUUCGUAAGGAUGUUCCGAGACUAAAACGGUUAGGUGUUGGCGGCGUAAUCACUCUUAAUGAACCUUUUGAGACUUUGGUACCAUCUUCUCUGUACAAUGCUUAUGGAAUGGAGCAUCUAGUGAUACCAACACGUGAUUACCUCUUUGCUCCUUCGAUUGCAGAUUUAACCCGAGCUGUAAAUUUCAUUCAUAAGAAUGCUUUGCUCUGUAAAACCACUUACGUUCAUUGCAAAGCUGGUCGUGGAAGAAGUACCACCGUUAUUGAGCAUAAGAAUAUGACCGUAGCUGCAGCUUUUGAGCAUGUGCGAUCAAUAAGACCACGGGUUUUACUGCAUCCUUCACAGAGGAAGGUGGUUGAGGAAUUUAACAAGCUACAAUCUCCUUUGAGCUAAUCAGCAUUCAUCUCAACUUGUGAUGUUGUAAGUUAAUGGCAGAGAUCAUAGCUCGGCAUUUCUGGAAAUUGAUCAAAAGCUAGGCCGGCCAGAGAGGUUUUUGCAAGACUUCUCUUCUCUGCUUCCUUUAGUUGGGUUAAAAUCUCCGGUUUAGACCAUCCGACUCGGUUUGGCUCCUGCGAAUUUGUGGCCGGUUUAGUGAUUAAUUAUAUUCAUUAUCUCCGAAGAAAAACCAAAUACAAGAUUGAGGCCCUUUCGAGCCUGAUUGAUCUUUGAACUAUAUAUGAGAUAUGUAAUUUUCAUAAUUAUAAUAAUUUUGGUCCUACCAGAAUGGUGGAAACGUUAACCAGUCUGCAUUUUGCUGUGGAAUUGCUUCUGAACUUUCCUG